AUGGCGCCAGGAAGACACGUCCAAGCAUUGGUGAUGAUUAUAAUCUUUCCAGCUAUAAGUCUUGUCCUGGUCUCGUUGCGUAUUCUCUCUAGGUUUUUGUCGAAGAAUUGGGGCUGGGAUGAUGUAUUCGUGGUAAUUGCAAUGUAUGCCUCCCAAGGGUUUCCGCCAACGUAUUUUCCGCCGGACAGCUUCCGAUUUAGUGUCUUGGGCAAACAAUACAACCUUGCAAAUCAGCUUCUUUAUUUUCCCAUCCUCACCUUCGUGAGGGCGUCUAUCAUUACGUUUAUCCUCCGUCUGCACGGUCUUCGUAAGUUCGUCAUACAGUCACUACGCAUUUUGUUCGUCAUCAACUUCUGUGUCGGGAUCGCUAUCUUCUUUGCCGACCUUUUCCAAUGCACGCCCCUACGAUAUGCUUGGGAUUCCGAAGAAUUGGAUCGCAAAGCUCAGGAAGCUGCUGGGGCGGAUGAAAAUGGGAUGAAAAAUGGAAAGCUGAUCAGAGGAGGGGGAUGUAUUAAAGGGAAGGCGUUUUUUAUCUCAAUGGCACUGUUGUCAAUAGCCCUUGAUUGCUGUCUUCUGACUAUUCCUUCCGCCAUCGUUUGGGGGAUAAACAUGCCAAGGAGGCAAAAAUUUAUGGUUGUGGGUGUACUGAGUAUAGGAGUUGUGGUGACGAUUUUUGCAAUAAUACGGUUAAUACUAGUAUCUGGCAAUUUUGACUUACCCACCCUGGAGCGGGCAUACGAUAUCGAAUACACAUUUUCCAACAUAGAAACAAACGGCGCAAUCUGGGCGGCGGCAGUCCCAGCCGAAGCGGAGAUUCGGCGGUUCGAAUACGAUUCGAAAGUCUCAAGCUUGUUUCGCUCCGGGCACAAUUAUAUUCCCGACGGUCUUUCGUCGGAAGGUGCAAUGUCAGUACAUUCUGGAUCCUCGAAUCGACAGACUCCAUCGGACCCGACACUGGCGCCACGAAGGGAGAAUGAAAAGAGGUUUCUUUUAUCUCCUUCCGCAACUCCAACAGGUCCAGUGCAGAGUGCGGGGUCAUCUUGCGCACACCCCCGGGCUGUUGAAGGCAACGAGCGUCCGUUGGAACGCGGUGAUUAG